AUGCAGGCGCUCUGGCUCUGGAAGGUGUUUGUGCCGUGGCUGGCGAGGGAUCCGGCGCUGCUGAAGCAGCCCAGGACUUGCUGGCCGGAGACGAGGGAGACAGAGACGCCCAGGAGGAGGAGCGAGAGGAGGACCAUGCUGAUGAGUCUCCUUUAUCUGCCGUACUCCGUAAGUGUACCUACCCCUGUCGUUUCAAUCCCAACCACUCCAUUUAUUCAUUCUUUCUUUCUUUCAGCUCUGUCGGCCACCGGGGCAGCGGGCAGGGCAGAUCACGUCUCCAGCCGAGCGCCGAUCGACAACGCGUCCACCAAUAGACCGGAUCGAGUGGCCGAUCGGCGUGGAGCUGCAAAUACUGUGGCCUCUAGCCUGUAG